AUGUACCCCCUCAUUGGCUCACUCCCGCUCCCAGAAGUGGCCGACACCAUGUACCGCCCUGUUUAUUUGUACGACUGUUUCCCCUCAUUAGCCCCGGGGCAGAGCUGCACCCGUGGCGCUAAGACGUCCAGCUCUCGGCUGCUGGACUUGACAACAUGGCGACGGCUGCCUUUCAUGCCUCAAAUUAAGGAAGAACAGGCCUGGCCCCUUGUGAGCCGACCUCCGGGAAAACGAGGACGCAUAGGACGAAGAGGAGAACCUGGGCCGCCUGGUCCUCUCGGGCUGGAUGGGAAACCAGGUCUUCCAGGUCUUAAGGGGAGUCAGGGACCAGCUGGGCCCAAGGGAGAAAAGGGCGACAGAGGAGAUGUGGGGCCAAGGGGUCCUCCAAACUACAGCACCUUGGCCAAUCUGCAGAGUAACCAGAUUCUGACCGUGAAGAUGGUCUUCCCUCGACAUGACCACGGCUUUAUCGCUGGAGAACAGGCCAGCAGCUUUCAGAGACGAUUUCUGAAGGGUGACCAGGGCCAGGCGGGACCUCCAGGGGCCCCAGGUCUCCCCGGCCCCCCUGGCCCCCGCGGCCCCCCAGGAAACACUGGCAAAGACGGACCCCGUGGCCCGACAGGAGAGGCAGGUUUUCCAGGUCGCGAUGGCUUUGAGGGAGCUGCUGGAAUGCCUGGGAAGCCGGGUGAGGACGGAGAGCCCGGUGAACCUGGACCACAGGGUCCUCCUGGACAGAGGGGAGAGGCUGGAAUUGGAGAGAAAGGGGAACCAGGCAUGGAUGGGCUGCCUGGAUUCAAGGGAGACAAGGGGGAAACAGGAGAGCCAGGACCCCAGGGACCAAUGGGUUAUCCUGGGGAAAAGGGCACCUCGGCCUCCUCCGACAUCAUAGACUUUAAUGGGAAACUUCUGGACGCCUUUCAGGCCAUCAACACCAUCAGUGUGUCGGGUCCGCCUGGGCCACCUGGACUGCCUGGGCCUCCAGGGGAAAAGGGAGAACUUGGGUUACCUGGACCAGCCGGAGUUGAUGGAGAAAAAGGACCUAAAGGUGGCGACGGUGACACAGGUGCUCCAGGACCAAGAGGAGAGAAGGGAGAGAUGGGUUUCACUGGGCCCACAGGCGUGGACGGGCAGAAAGGAGAGAAGGGUGACUGCAAACUAGAUGACAAUUUGGUUCAGAUGAUUUCCCAGCCAGGUCCACCGGGUCCACCGGGAAUGCCAGGGUCUCCAGGAUCCAUGGGCCUGCAUGGGAUGCCUGGUCCAAAGGGUGAACCAGGAUUUGGAAUGAAGGGCGAGAAGGGGGAAAUUGGAGCAUCUGGAUACAGAGGCACAGACGGUCACCAGGGCCCCCCUGGAUCUCCUGGGUUAGUGGGUCUUCCUGGAGCAAAGGGUGAAAAGGGCAGACCAGGAGAACCUGGACUCGAUGGCUUUCCAGGAAUGAUGGGGGGAAAAGGAGACAGAGGCGAGAGGGGGGAGAAGGGCGACAGAGGGUCAGUAGGAAAGCGCGGCCUGAAAGGUCAGAAAGGGGAGCAGGGUCCUCCCGGUCUGGACCAGCCUUGUCCUGUGGGCUGUGCUGAGGCUAAAGCUCCUCCUGCUGAAGCCACUCCCUCUUCCUCUCUGCCUCCUCUUCCUGACGCACCUUGUCCUUUGGGACAUGAUGGUUUGCCAAUACCAGGCUGCUGGCACAAGGGGAAUAUUGAGGAGAUGGCAAGGCAAAAGCUGAAACGCAAGCGACUUUCUCAGCCUUGA